AUGCAUCAUCGCUCGUUUACCACAUUCGUUUACACCACCUUCCUGAUCACCCUGUCGCUCUCUUCCCAGGUUAAUGCUGAAAACCAUCGUUCUCUUUGGUCCCAUCGUCGACGCGCGGACAGCUUUGCCGCCCUCCAAGCUGUAAACCCCAGCGGUAUCAAUCUUUCGGGUCUAGCAUUGAGCCCUUCAAGCACGGUAGCUUCUUCGCCGUCUUCUACGAGUCCUCCUCAGUUCCCUGCUUCAUCGGCCGCGGCCUCGUCAGUCAGUCUUCCUGCAUCCUCUUCUUCCCAGCAGCAACAGCAGAGUACUCCGUCUCCCCCGCCGCAGCAGUUUACUCCCUCUUCGUCCUCUCCGCCGGCUUCUUCAGCGCCUUCCUCUAGCCAACAGUCGACUGCUUCACCGAGCGCAUCUACGCAGAGUCAGGCCUCUCCUUUUCCCAUCAACAGCUCACCGUCGCAGGCGUCACCUUCUGUCUCUUCACCCGCCAGUGGAAGCACUGCUCCCCAAUCCUCGGUUGCAGCCGUUUCCCAGGGCAAUCAGGGUGCGCAAGGUUCAAACACACAGGCCGCUAACGGUGCUCCCUCUGGCGGUAUUGUAUCUAGUUCACCCACUUCGACCAACUCUUCUGGAAGCAACAAGAGCUUCUUUGAUAACAAGGGGCUAGUCGCAGGCACUUUCAGUGCCGCUGGCAUUCUUGCAAUCGCAUGCCUGAUCGGCUGCGGCAUGUGCUGGGCUCGUCGUCGCAGCUCUCGUCGCGACUUUGAUGAUGACCAGCUUUUCUUUGACGAAAAGAAGCGACCUUUCUCUCCCCAAAUCACUCGCAACAGCUCGCCAGAGCAUGAACCGGAAGAUGAAAGUAUGGAAUACCCUCGCCCGGCAUACGGGCCUGGCCGUGCGCAGUCAGCGCACAUGUAUCCCCCGCAGGCGUACGCUCGUCAGCCUCCGAUGCAACAUAUGCACAUGAAUGUCGACGUUGGCGACGGACUAGCAUAUUACGGUCAGCCGGUGUAUGCACCCCAACAGUACGGAAUUGGUUUCCCGCCAAAUGCUCAGCUAGCGAAUCCCUAUGAUGGUCCGACUUCACCAGCUACACCUGAUAGCUUGGUUCCCGCUGCAUUGCGUCCUUCUGUCAAACAUCAAUCUUCGGUUUCCUCUGGAUUGGCUUUGUAG